AUGCAAAUUGAACAACCAAGGAACUCUCUUACCAUGAAGCUUUUAGCCGUUGUCGUGAUUGGAUUCGUAGCCUUAGUAGGCUCAGAAGCCCUGUCUACUCAUCAUCACCACAAUACACAUACAGAAUCUGAACACAACACUCAAGGAUAUACAAAUGAACGUUAUGAUCAGUACAAUAGCAACUAUGGUGCAAAUCAAUACCAACAACGCAAUGGAGAAUUGAACCAUCAGCGCAAUAACAACCAACAAAGCUCUAACGAGAGGUCUAUUGACAAUAAAUACCAACAAAACAACCAAGGCUUGAAUGAGUUCAGCGAAACUAACUGGAAUACUCAAAUUCCUCAUCGUUCAAUGAACAAGUACAGUCAAAACCAACCAAUUAUACAAAACAGCCAGGAAGUAUUCGAAAGCGAAAACAAAUGGAGUAGAUCACAGGUUUCUAGAAACUUUGACCAACAAAGCCAAGAAGAACUUACCCAACAGAGAUCGAACAACAAAAACCACGCAAGUCAAAAUUACGGAUUUUCAGUCUCUUCAGAGUCAGACUCACAAGAAGAUUAUGUCAAGGACCAUCACAAUAAUGAUUUAUCGAACGAAAUCGGACUUCAGGUCGCACAGAAAAUGGUCAGAUUUUUUACCAUCUUUGAUAAAUAUGCUGCUCGUAACGGAACCAUCCAAACCAAUCAAGCUCAAGAAUCACUUGCCUUAAGAAAACACUCUCUGCCAAUGGAUCAUCAACAAUACUUUAAUAUCGAUGAAAGCAAUGUCUAUGGUCUCAACUACGGUGUUGUCAAAUCCAUGUAUUUAAACACAGAGAGGAAUUGCGUCGAUUUGGAAUACUUCUUCAAAAAUUUGUUAGUGAAGGCUAAAUUUAAUUCUAACAAUGGAUUGAAAAAAUCAUUCAAUUUGAACAUGUUCAACACUGAUAUGAACGUAUCCACCGAAUUAGAAAACCGCAACCGCAACUACGCUCAUUCUCGCAACGAAAAUGCUCAACUUGCCUACAAAAACAACGAAAACUCUUCUGAAAACCAAUCGAUCAAGGAAGCAAUUGAAACCAAAUACGUUCAAUUAUUAAACACAGAAAUUGAAAGUGAAAUGAUCGACAACUCUUACAACGGUUUGGUCGGAUGUUUAAGAUCUGAAAUCGAAUCUACCUUUGACAUGCCAUUGAACAACAAACUCAACUUGGUGAUGGAAAACAAAAAAUCUCAACUCACUGUUUCCUUCGCUAAAUCUCAUUCAUGGAAUGACGAUCAAUCCAGGAAUCAAUACAACAGAAAGAGGUCUGUCCAGUAUGUCGCUUUCCGUCAAAACCAAUCUGGAAACGGUUACAAAUUGAAAGUCAAGGUUGUGUUAGCUAAACAACCCACGUGGGAAUCCGAUAUUGUUGCCCAAAAAUCAAACCAACAGGUCAACAUAAAUAACGUGAAAUUCAACGCCCAAAACAUUGUUGCUAGUGCCGUCAUGAAACGCGUAUCACAGGAAAACGGUGUUUACAAAUUCAUCGUCGAAGAAUCUAACAUUAAAUUUGAAGGCCUCAGAUACGAUAUUGGAAAAUUCGAUUUACCAAAUAAUACUAACGAAAAAUUAGCGAGGGAAAUUGGACAAAAUCUUCAGAAAAUCAUGGAAAACGGAAUGAGCGCUGCUCUGCGACAACAGCUGUAUCAACAACAACAAAUCUGCAAACAGCGUCCAAUGGAUUGCAACAGCUGCGGCCGAUACCAAUUCAACCAACAGUAGACAAACAAAUUAAUUGAUUGUAUACAUGUGAUAAAUAAUAUGUGAUUUUGUUUAUUCAAUAGGAAUUAUUAUA